AUGGCGCCGUCCCCGUUGCUGCUGCUGGCCAUUGUGCUUCCGUGUCUCGCCAUGGACAUGGACAUGGGCGGCGGAGGAACUCCGUGGCUCGACACGCCCGUCAUGCUGCACUCAUCGCGAGCAGACACCUGCAAACUGACGCCCGAGCAGUGCGCGUACAGAAGCGGAUUCUGGAGAUACUGGUACAAGGCCGACUAUCGUUAUGCCCGCACUACCGUUUACUUCAUCCUCGCUAUGAUUGGCCUCUUCACCGUCAGCAACAUAAUCCGCAGGAUCACUCCUCAAUCGGUGCAACGCAGUGGCUUUUGGCGUUAUACUCAAGCCUCACUACGCCAUGUGGGCUAUCGCGGCUAUCGUCUUCGCAUCUUCGGCUGGUACUCUCCUUCGCUGGCUUACUUGCUGGUCGGACUUGCCGGCGCCGUGUUUUUCUUCGGAAUGACUCUCGGUCCAAAGCCGUACUACUGGCCCAACAAGCAAGAUGGCUCUCUCUCAUUUGGGUCGUCACCACCAAUCGCAACCAGGACUGGCUGGAUGGCCGUUGGCUUGCUCCCGUUCGUCGUCGUUCUGGCCGCAAAGGCCAAUUGGGUCACGGCUUUGACUGGCGUCUCGCAUGAGAAGCUUCAGGUCUUCCACCGCUGGACCAGCUACGCCAUGUUCGUUCUUGCACUAGUUCACACAUUCCCAUUCAUUGUUUACCACAUUUGGUACGGCGAUAUGGUCAAGAAGUGGAAGACUGAUAUGGUGUAUUGGACCGGCGUCGUUGCUCUCAUCUUUCAAGCCUAUCUUACCUUCAUGUCAAUCGGACCAAUCAGGAACCGGUUCUACGAAUUCUUCAAAGCAACGCACUUCAUCGCCGCCUUCACAUUCAUCAUAUUCUUCUUCUUCCACUGCGAUUUCCGCCUAACAUCCUGGGACUACUUCAUCGUAACCGGCACCCUCUACCUCUCCUCCCUCCUCUUCUCCCAGCUGCGCACCUUCCUCGCCUACGGCUCCUCCCACACCGCCGUCCUCCGCGCCCUCCCCAACGACCACCUCUCCAUCACCAUCCGCCUGCGGCCCUCCGUCGUCGCCCGCCAAGCCGUGCCGCUCGAGCUCGUCUGGCGUCCCGGCCAGCACGUCUUCCUGCGCUUUUUUGCACCCAAGGGCCUGAGCUGGUGGCGGCACAGCGUGUCCGCGCACCCUUUCACCAUCUGCUCGCUUCCUCCUGCGGACGAGGCGUCGUCGUUCCCUGCGGAGAAGGGAGGAGUGGUGGGAAGGGAAGAUGCUGUCCUCCGCUUCGUCGUCAAGCCGAUGCACGCCAGCGGCGGGCUGACGGCGCGGCUGCACGCGCUCGCGCUCGAGCGGCCGCAGGGCGCUGAGGUUGGUGUUACGCUGGAUGGGCCGUAUGGAGGGAUCGGUGUCGGUGGUGCUGGCAACGGGGAUGCUUCUUCUUCUUCUCCUGCGCGGUCCCGCUUGGCCGCCUUCGAUCGGGUGCUCGUCAUCGUGGGCGGGUCGGGCGCGGGUUUCUCGCUGCCCGUGGUCGAGGAGGUGCUGAGAGCAGCGAGCGAUGGCCGCCCGGCCGAGAAAGGCGCGAGAGCCGCCGGUGGGGCAAAGGAGGUCAAGAUCGUGGUGGCGACGAGGGAUGUGCGGACGCGCGGGUGGUACUCAGAGGAGAUCAGGGGGCUGCUGGAGCGGUACGGCUACGGCGCUGGUGGUGUGGGUGAUGAGUUGGCCGUGAAGGUUGCCGUGCAUGUCACGGGCGAGACGGCGGCCGAGGAGGAGGCGGGGGUGGAGACGGCGCCGGCGCCGGUGGAGGGAGAGAAGAGGGUGCGAGUGGGUGAUGGUGGAUUGGUAGCCUGGAGGCAAGGCAGACCACAGUUGAGGAACAUCAUCAAGGAGUGUGCAGCCGAGGCGGAAGGGGACUCGCUCGCAAUAGCUGUGUGCGGCCCGGCGGGGAUGCUGUAUGAUGUGAGGAACGCUGCCGCCGAGGUGCAGGCUGGUGUGUUGAGUGGGAAGGGGGCGAGAGAGGUGUACUUGCACAGCGAGCAUUUCUCAUGGUAA